CAAAACUGUUUUUCCUUCACGUUUCCCAAUUAGUUAGCAACUCUCUAAGUUUAAUUAAGAGAGAUUUGGCCUCAUUAACCAUAGAUAUUAGAAUGGAUCCAGUAAGUACAUGAAACUCGAAGGUAUGGGCCAUUAUGGGCCUGAACCAAACAUGAAAGAGCUGGGAUAACUGACCUUUCUUUUUGACAUUUGAGCAUCGAGCCUCACAGUGCAAGAGUUCUAUUAUAGAACUCCUAUACUAACACCGAUCAAGAGGCAAAUCUCCCAACUCUUCCAACUUCCAAGGCUCGAUAUGAGUACAGGUGGAGCAUUUGGAGGAAACAGAGGAUUAAGACCAAUACCACCAGAGAAGGGCAUUUUCCCUUUGGAUCACUUGCACGAGUGUGAUGCGGAGAAGAAAGAAUAUCUUGGUUGUCUUAAGUCUUCAGCUCACAAAUCUGAACAAUGUAGACAUCUCUCUAAGAAAUAUCUCCAGUGUCGAAUGGCUAAGAACUUGAUGGCAAAGCAGGAUAUGGCUGAACUUGGAUUCAGUGGUGUUAAAGAACUUGAUUCCACUGAAGAUAAGAAUACAGAGAGUAUCGAACAUUGAAAGGUUGACAAAAGAAAACUUUGAGCCUCAUUUUGUAAAAUUUUGGAUUAACAUUGGGAUAGCAUUUGAGAUUUUAGGUCCUAAAACCCAACUACUAUGAAAGUAUAUGCUUCAGAUUCACCAAUUUUUAUACGUAUGUAUUCCUGUGUGAAAUAAAGCAUUAUACAAAGCCUGAAACAGAAGCAAAGUAUUGUCUUCGGUCCAUAUUCGUUUGUAGACUUUUUGGGCUAAAGAAUAUUUGUUUGUGGAUAUUAGUCCAUAUUGAUUUCUCUUAUCUAGUUUAGUCGUAGUGAAACUUAACAAACAAAAUAUUAGUAUAAUUAUGUUUUAGUUUUGGUUAAUAACAGUAUGAAAAUAUUCCACUUUAUAAUUACUCUAUUAGACCCAUUUCUUUAUAUAUCAUUUUCUCCAGACAAAGGUCUUAGAUUUAAACAAACAAGAUAAAGUAAAAC